GUUUAUCCCGGAAGUGAUUUAACUUCCCAAAUGCGAAGCCAGUGGUCUUUGGGAGGAAGGCGGUUUAGUCAGUGGAGUAUUUUUGUGUGUGUUGUAUGUCAUCACCAUGUGCAGUUGGCAUCUAAGCCAAACAACUGUGAAUUAGAGAGAUGAAUGACGUGGAUAUUCAACUCUAGAUGUUAGAUUGGCCUCGCGCACUGACGCGGCCAGCUUCGUUGACGUUCGAAAUGUCUGGAAAUAAAUCGCUUCCAACUACCCCAAAGAACCAGUUGUGUCAGAAUGCCCACAUCAAGAAGGUUGCUGUUAUUAUGCCGGGCUACCAAACCCAGUUCUUGGAAUUUGACCAGAAAAGACCAUUGGCAGCCAUUGUACAAGACAUCAGUAAUAACUGGAACCUUGCUGACCCAAGCAAGUUUGCACUACAGACCAGUGAUACAUCUAAAACCAACACUUACAUUACUGAAUCGAAUCGACAUGAAAUACAGAAUGGCAAUGUCCUCACUCUUGCUCCUUCACCAGCUCAGACAGCUCAUAGCAUCAUUACAAAGCUAGGGGGUCAUGGGAAAGUAACCUUGGAAGAGAAAUUGGAGGGGUUACGGCAGCUGGUUAGUCUGGCAGCUGACUAUGCCUUUGCUGAGGAGUUUAUUGGCAAACACGGGCUUCCAAUCAUCAUCGACAUCAUUACAGAUGGAUUAUUCAAAAAAGAACCAUUAGCACUUACUUUGAAGUCAUUCAUGUCAUUGAUGGAUCAUGGCAUUGUAUCAUGGGAUAUCUUAGAAGCAGACUUCAUCAAAAAGGUGGCAGACUGUGUAAAUGUUAGUGCAACUUUAGAUAAGGAUUGCCUGCAGUCAGCACUUGAAAUACUGGAAUCUGUAGUUAUUCACAGUUCUGGCAAUCAGAAUGUUGUGGAGCAGUCUGUCACAGCACAAAACAUUAUACCCCAUCUUGAAAAAAGUGACCUUGGCAUGGAAGUUCAUAAAAAUGCAAUAGCCCUCAUCAAUGCACUCUUCAUGAAAGCAGACAUUCCAAAGCGAAAGAAAAUAGCAGAGAGCCUUCAGUCCAAAAGUAUGAGAACAACUAUAUUGUCUAAUGUUAUUAGGCAUCAGAACAUUGGUGCAGCCAUGGCCCAUCAACUGUAUGUCCUUCAGGCAUUAUUGCUGAACCUGCAUGAGGAGCGGAUGAAAGCUGCGGUGGAUACUCAUGAUCAGAUCAUCAACAAAGACAUUGAGGAACUGCGGCGAAUAGCGUUUGAAAUUGAGGGUGACCCAAACAUGAAUGCUGUUCGCAGGUCACAGAAUGCAGCUGGUGAUUUCAAAAAGUUGGGGUUUGAGAAUCAGUCCCAUCCAGCAAUGGACCUCUGCAAAGCGUCUUGUGGGCUUUUAGCUCUUGACUGCAUGCUGUACUUUGCUCGAAACCAUGGGGAAAAUUAUGUAAAGGUAGUCCUGGAAAACUCCAUGAGAUCAGAUGAUCUAAACUGUCCAUUUGUUUUAGCCAGCAUGCAUCUCACUAAAAUGCUGUGUGAUAUCCUUAAAAUUGGUGAACCACCUGAUGAGACAAGCACAGUGUUCUACUCCAUGUUCUUCUCCAGUGGGAAGCCAUUGGAAGAGUUUUUUUGUAUUUGCAUUCAGCUUCUAAAUAAAACAUGGCGAGAAAUGAGGGCCGUAAUGGCUGACUUUAACAAGGUGCUUGAAGUGGUCAAAGAGCAGGUAACAAGAGGGCUUCAGACACACUCUUCUUCAUUUGAGGCAUUCCGCAACAAAGUCUUCACACUGACCUACUCAGAAAUUGUGAAACUACUGGAAAAUGAGCGCAAGAUCAAGGAAGAGUUUGAAGCACAAGCAAAGCCUGUAGUAGAACUAAGGAAAAAACUGACGCCAGAAAUCACUGAACUUAUACGCCAGCAACGGCUGAAGUACCUAGUGGAGGGCUCAUGUUUGCCCAAGUACAAUAAAUCAGGCCGUAUUAAAGAUAAAUUCUGGUACUGGUGUCUGGCACCCAAUCAUAAAGCCUUACACUAUGGUGACUGCGGUGAAGGGGCCAGGCCACCUUAUCAGUUGACCAACAAAUUGCCACUGGUAGAUAUUCAGCGUUUAGUAACAGGAAAAGAUUGCCCCCAUGUCCACAGCAGAGCGCGAAUUAAGUCGUCCCCAAAUGGAAAGCUGGCAUUCAGCAUCGUUACAGAUGCUGAAGAUGACCAGAUCUGUUUCAUUGCUUCUAGUGAUUAUGAAUUUUGCAUGUGGGUAGAUGGACUGAACUCUCUUCUAGGCUGUGAGAUGACAAGCCCUCAGGUUCAGCAUGACUUAGAAAUGCUACUUUCUAUGGAAAUAAAGAUCCGACUUCUAGAGACUGAAGGGCUACAGCUGCCUGCCAACCCCCCACCUCGUCCUCCCCCUCCUCAAAACCUCAACUUUUCCUUCAUGAACUUGUGACACCAGAGGCCAAGUAUGUCAAUGUGUAACAGUGUCCGCUAACUUUGCAUGUGAGAGUGUGUUCCAAGGUACAAGUGUUGAAGCACCUGUAAAUCUGAAGAAACGAUGUAUUUUAAUACUUUAUAAGUAUGCUUGACUGUGGUUUGCUUCUUUUUUUUUUUUUAAAUGUAUGGGUCUGUGUUGGAUGGCCUCAUAAAGCAAGUCUCCUUUCACAUGUUCUGCACUCCACAGUGAGAAGGAAAUAUUUUAAGUAAAACUGCAUUUGUGAAGUGUUACUGGUCCUUAAGCUUUUGGUCUUUGUUUUGUUUUGUAGACCAAGCACAGCACUGCACCUUUGUAAAUAUGUUAACAGAGAUGUUUAUGCAUAGAUGCUCAAAUUUUAUUCCAUACUCUAACCCUUGUAACUUGACAAAAGGACUAGUCUACAAAUUGUUGAGCUUUCUUAAUGAUAUCUUAAGAAGAGCAUUAGCAAAGUACAUAAUUCAGACCAUUUUAAGUUGUAUCUCUAUAGAAAUGUAGUCCUUGCGAGCAUAUACAGUAUUUUUUUAAAGUAGGGACAAAGUACAUGACAGUUGGAACUUUACAUCAACAGGCUUUGAUGAUAUGUUUUUAUCUGCUCAUUCACGUAUAGAGUUCUUUCAAGGCAUCUAAACACUGAGGGGAAUUUCUGCAGUGAUAGACAAAGAGCACUUCCUUCCAUCCCAAUGCCACCACUGACUCCCACUUUGCCUGUUGCAUUCAUGACCCUAACAUCAUUCUUGCAUAUUUUAUUUUAGAAAAAUGGCAAUGUUCACACUUACUGUCUUACUGUGCCGUAUACCUGUGUACUAAGGCAUAUUAGACCUAGUUCUUUUAAACAUCUUUAACAUGAUGGCACAUCAUACAAAAUCACUGUACAUUCCCAGACUGUGAUGGUCUUUAUUUAUUUCCAUAAUGAUAGUCACUGUCUUUACAGAGGACAGAAUAACACAGGACUGCUGAAUACAUUUCCCAUUGUAUAUAGCAGUCGACACUACCUAAAGCUGGUGCUUAAUUUGCAGCUAGAGUUCUAGAGUUGCUGCAUUUCUUUGUUUUGCAAUUUUUUUAAGUGCACACUUCAUGUUUUUUUUUUUCUCCUCAUUACAUACUUUACUGUCCUGGCUCUGCUAACUGAUUGUCUAUAUGACCUGCAUUGCUGCAGAAGUUUCUAUGCUAGGUAACUUUUAUUGACCACUGAAAAUAGAAUGUGGUUUUCUCGGGUAAAUUGUGAAGGGCAUGUGUUCUUAAUAAGCUGAGAUUUACUGCAGACUGAAGAUCUGUUUCCCCAGGCAAAAUAAGCAGCAGGUCGUUCUAACUGUUACUUAAGGUGGUUUUUAUUUUAAAUCAACUGGUCUUACGUCAGGCAGACAAUAGCUUAUUUGCUAGGCAUUGCUCUUCAAAGGGAGAUUGUCCAAGCGGUUGUUGGUUCUCAAGAAAUUCUAGGAAUGACAGGUUCUGUAGCAGUGUGCAUUUUGGAGCAUGCAGGGCACUUGCAUUAUUUUUUCAGUUUGUUGCUCCAUUUUCCUCAUUAGGCUACCAGAAGGUGUGUGCCACUGUUUGUUUGCACAUUGCUAUCCCUAAAUGUCUCCCCAGCAUCUUUUGACAUCAUGUAGUGCUUCUUUCCUGGAGGUGUCUUAUGCAGCAGAUGUUUUAUUGUUUGCCAGGAUGCACUGCAUCUGUCACUGGGAUGCUUAGCUUACCUGUUCUGCUAUUUUAAAGAUCAGUUAAAUUUAGAAUUUAUCUGUGUGAGAUGUUAAGUAAACAUUUUUGGAGCAUGAUCAGGUUUUGUUUUGUAGACAUAUUUUCUUUACUUGCACAGAUUAACUGUCUAAUCUUCCUUCCAAAGAUAAAUUUUAGCAUUUUGUAUCCAAGAUGGUUUUCCGAUAUCAUUCUUAGUAAGCUGCAGACAGUCAGGUUCAUUGGCAGCUGUGAACGUAUUGCCAUACUUUUUAUUUUGAGGUACUGCUGGGCAUCCAAUUAUGGAGUCUACCUAUGCUCUGAAUGACAUUUUAUGUUAAAUGGUUCAUUAUGUUACCUAGCUAAGCCAGAAUUUAUAUGCCUGUUCUCACUAUGUUUUUUUUUUUUUUGUUUGACAUGGGUUGGCCAUGAAGCAGGAAAGAUAGAAUGGGCUGCAAAGUGAUAGAGCAUUAAAUGUACAAGUUUAUUUAUUGUGUCUGCCAUUUUGUUUCAGUUUUCCCAGGGCUGCAUUUUUUAAGGGAAGUUUUGAUUCAGACAUAAAAGAAUAUCUUUCCAGCUAUUGUGUCAUAAAACUGUGAAUGGCUUGUCAGAGGCCUACAGAACAGUCUUGAUGUGUUUAACGCUUUGUUUUAACUGAUUUUUUUUUUAAAUCAUUAAAGACAUAAUCAUUAAUCAAAAAUAGAAAUCGAUAAUGUUUUUAAAACACCUGAUUCAAUGAAGCAUUCCUCAGAUAAUGUUCUCAGGAAGCCAUAAUUUUGUUAAGUCAAAUGAGCAUUUGUUAAAAAGUGUUACCCACCUAUUUUGAUAUAUAAUUACCUGCUACUCAUUAACUGAGUGUUCUCACUGGCUGUACCCAGAUUUGUGAGGGGUGGGGGGGUUGGCUUUUGAAUUUUUGUUUAUAUUAACUAUGUUUUUCAGACAAUCAAGAUUAAACUGGGUUGCAAAAAUUCUUUAUAAUAUUUAAUAAUAAAUAUUUAAUAUUUCUUUUGUUUCAUCUUCAUUUGCUUUAUUUAAAUUGGGCGCUCCCCAGUCAGUAUCUUUUCCAGCCAUUAGUGUAUCUGUCCUGGUAUGCAGUGAUAUGUAGGGAAAUAUAAACAUACACUACACUGUCAGGCUCUUGAGAUGACACUCAUUCUAAGAAUAUUAUGCUUUACUUCCACAAAUACUCUCCAUUUGACUGUAGUUAUUAGAUCAGUAUUUUUUAAAGCAGUUUCUUAUUAGAAAACAAGAAAUUUUUCAGUCUUUGCAUGUAUUUUAAGAACUGGCAACCAUUUCUGAGUCUCUUGGAGUGGUUUGGCUUUCCCUUUCAAAAUGUUAUGCUUAUGUAUGAAGUACUAUGUUGUAUUACAUUGCAGAAAAGUAGAAACUGACUUAAUGCCUGCCUGCGUUGGAGGACUGGGGAGAAGAGGUAGUGUGAAUGAGUUAGGAAGAAACUGUAUGUGCAUUAUUAUGUUUGAAGAAAACUUGUGAGAAAUGGCGUAAUAGAAUGCAUAGUAGAUUUACAUUCUGCAUAGAUAUAUGCAAUCCAGUUUUUUAUGCACUUACUAUUUGUAUCUUGCACAUGACAACAACCUGCGGUUGCAAAGUAUUUGUUAUUACCAGCUCUUCAUUCCCAUCACAUCUUCUGUGGAAGAUCAAAGAUAAGCCAUAAGGAGGAAUUUUUAUUGAUAUAUUUUAUGAAGAUCAUUAUUUUGUCCAAGAAAAAGGUGAACUGUUUAGCAUUAGCUUGAAUAUUUGGGUUUUUUUCUGUUUUGUUGUUUAAUGUAUGUGCAUUAGCUCAAAUGAUUGCCAUCAGAAGCUAGGUGCAAAUGCUUCCUCGUUGUAUGUUUUUAUGAUGGCUUGCAUGCAGACGUGAUGCAAUUUUUUCAGCGAUUUGGUAUUUGAAUUUUACAGCCACGACCAAAGAGAAGCAGCUAAAAGACAGUAGAUCAUUCCUUCAAAACUCACUGAGUUAAUGCCUGUAGAGACAAAAAUGUGCUUGGCUAAAAACUGCUUGAUUUUAAUUUGUACAAUUCCAGCUGAUGUGGCAUGGCCAAAUAAUUUUAUUUGAUGGUAGCAUUGAGAUGUGACUUUGCUACCCAAGUGAUGUCUGUGCUGCUGAAGUAAAAUUGUCUUCCUAGUUGUGUUAACCAAUUUGGUGAGCUUCUUUACUGUGGAGUUUUCAGCCAUUUUCUUAAAUAACAAACUUUAUUUAAAGUGCAGCUUGCUAAUGAGCUUUCAGAACAAAAUCCAAAACAGGUCCACAAAGGAAGAAGUGGAUCAAGGUUAUUAAGGAAACGACGGCCUAUUUGCACACAUUUCUUAAUGGUGUCAUUGAUGCUUGCCUUUAUGUGUAACAAAAUUAUUUUGGGAUAUUUACUCAGCUGUUCACAAGGAAUGUGGUGUGACCUAGAAAAGUGAAAGUAUACCGAUGUCAACGCGUGUUAAUCACGUGUUUGUGCAGAAAUUGUCUCCCUUUUCUUCUUUUUCUCGCCUCUGCCACGCCCAUCUAGCCCCCGUGAGGGGAAAAUAGUGUUUGCAUAAGUCAUGUCUUCUUUUUCCUCUGCACCUUCACUCCCCCUGCCACAGCUUUCACAGCUCCCUUCCGCCCCCUCCUCUAAGAUGGUCCAGAACAUUCCAUUGUUUUAUGCUCCUUUUUCCUUUGUGCCUUUGUAGUCUUCAUUUCAGGAGACGCUCAGAGGUUGUGGUACAGAUGUUCUCUAUCGGAAACACAAAUGAGAUGUUAUUCAAGAUAGCUGCGUUUUGCAGAAUGUAUUUUCAUAGAGCAAUGUUCCUUGUCUUGCUCGUUGCUGGACAGACUCUUUGCCGCCCUCCCUUUUCCUUCCUUGCCUGUCGUGUGUCCGCGCUCGUUGUUAAAGCUCGUUGUGUGAGCAUCGCUGUGAAAAUAUGUUAGCUUUGGCCAUUGUGCUUUUUUUGUGGGUGGGGGAGGGGUAGUAAUGUGAACGUUGAUUGAUGGUUGACCGUCUGCAAAGUUACUUCAACGAGAACUUAGAGACUUUUGGAAUAGUGAGGGCGUUGUUCGCAGUCUGAGAUCAGUUUUUGCGUGCUCUGGUGAGAACUCUCCAUGCUUUCGGCAUGAACAUUCGAACAAAUAAAUCAGGGGACGGAGUAACUGUCCAACAGAGCACUGAAAAGCCGUUCUUGGAAUUUUUGUCUAACAAAAGUUUUCUAUUUUAUAUGUGGCAUAAAACAGUUACACCAUGGUUGUACAGUUCUAUGGAGUGUCUUGCUCUGUUUGUUGUCAGAGAGUUCUUUAUUUUUUUCGCCACUAGAAACAAUGUAAGUGUCAAAGUAUGUGUAGAACGUUGAAAUGUUAUAUUGUCUUGUUAGUUUAUCGCAAGGGUAAUGCAAACGCUUGUACUUAACAAGUUCUGAGCUUUUUUCCCAUGUGUACAAUAAAGUUUGCUCAAAUACGAAAAAUGUAAUUAAAAGCAGUUGAAGCUUCAUCAGGAAGCUACAAUGGCAUGGUCUGUGUAGAUGAUAUUCGUGUUAGGAUUUUAUCAUCAUGCUCUUAUUUCGGGUGGCUUUGUGGAUAGAUUCCCUUUCACUGUCCCAUGCAAACCACGGCCCCACACGUGUAGAAGGAAAAGAAAGCAUUUGAAUGUUGUGUUGUCGUCGUUGCCUUCACUACAAUCUCCCAGAGGAUAAUCUGCAUAUGUGCUGAUGUUCCAGUCGCUUUAGAAGCAGUGCUUGGAAGUUGCCUGCUGUGGUGUGACUGUUGUCUCUCUCAGUAGUCGGCGCGUCACUAGAUCAGCUGGAUUGAGAGACUAUACCCGUAAAGAAAAAGCGACAAAAGCUGAACUUUCGCAGAUACGGAAGUUGUGGCAUUGCAGGAAAUCUGUUCCCCUGUGCCAAAAAUCUUGAGCAGACCCGGGCUUGUCUUGGUGCAGGAACCGUGGACCAUUUUCCUCACACCUUCCAUUAGUUUCUAACUUUGAAUCCAAAAGUAUUUGGUCAGAAUCGCCUAAGAUAGACCAAAUUAUUUCCCAUUCCUCUGGUAUUUUUAAAGCAGUAAACAGUUGGUUAGAACAUUUUCAUAGCUUUUGUUACUCUCGUUGUACCGUCAAACCUCUCCUUACAAUCUCAUAUCUCAUCAGUUCUUGGCUUUCAUGAAAACUGAUGGUUAGAUCGAUGAACAGGGUGUCGGUCCCUUUUUUUUUUUUUCUUCUUCUUCUUCUUUGAUUUUAUUUUAUCAGACGACACGUGAUCAUUACUGUCUCAUUAUUUCUCUUGUUCAUUUCUUUGUCAGUCCCUACUUUCACAUUCGGAGAAUGUUUCUUCAUACCUUCGCGGUGCGUUCUUUGAUGACUGUUUCAAUUCAAUAACAUCUUUCGUGUUAUUGAUCAAAAGGGACCAACUUGAAGUUUCACCAACGGGACUCAAGAAAGUUCUUAGAAAGAGAAAGGGUGGACGAGUGGGGAAACUGUUUGUUGUUCUUGUUUACAUCUGCGUCUUGCAACAAGAGAGACGAUCGUGACGUACGCUUAAAUUACUUUCGAGGAUAGUGUAGAGUCUAAGUGUAAAUAAGUAUUUUUAAGCAUCAUGUGUAACAUUAAAUACAUUUUUAUAAUGCAUUUUACAUGUUAUGUUUCUCUGUUUGAAAUGAGUGACAGUCUUGAAAUUAUUUUGUCACAAAACUUGGAGUAUUGAUUUGAGCAGCAAAACAGUUUCUGAUUGUGCUUCGCUUGUUAGUUUUGUUUUUUUAAUAAUGUGUCUGUAAUCAUGGUAUGUAGAUGGCGCUUAGAUACUUGGAAAUGACUCGAUUCUGUUUUGACAAAUAAAACGCGGCUUUCCAUUGGGCAAACUGCUUUGUGUAUGUUUGAUUAUCAAGGCAAAGUUUCCGGAAAUGUCCAGGUACCUGCAACAUGUAUUUUUAUCAUGUGAAGACAUUCAAAGGGAAAAAAAGGGGUGGGGAGGUAAUGACAGUUCUGGUCAUACAUGAUCCAGAAAUAUUUUGUAACUCGUCCCACAUAGAACCCACUGUCACUAAUUUAUGUGGUAGAUGAUCCGAUGGCUUUAGUGCAUCGGCAGCCUGUAACUAAUCAAGCAAUAAGAAGACAUUUUAAACGGAUAUCUUGCCUUCACCUUAUCCCUUGCUAAAAAACUUUUUUUUUUCAGUUGUACAUGUGUUUAUUUAACAUAUUUACCUUUGCUUUUAUAUCUGUGACACGGCAGCCUUUAUUGAAAUGGCAUCAGGACAAAGCUGCAAGUUGUUUCGCUUUGGAAAUUGUGUAUGCCAUACAAAUGUGUUUAACCAUUUCUCAGUGAAAAUAUUCAGAUGUUUGAAGCCUUCAACAAAGAUCAUGUCCCCAGAAAACACUGUCGAAAGUCUUGAAUGAGGCGGGAAAGGUAAAUAUUUUCCGACAUUCUGGAAACAGAUUUAUUUUGUAAACUGUAAGGUGUGAAAUGCUACCAAAAAAUUAAAAAACAACAACUAUGAUAAUAAAGUAGAAUAACCCCUGCAUCGACACCCUUGGUGAAACAGUCUAAUCAGAAACAGACUUAACAUUCAAAAUUAAUGUCGGAAUACAGGGAUAGCAAAGCUUGCCGUAAGCUGCGAAUCAAUAGGCUGCUGACCAAUCACGUGUGGUGAACCAAUAGUUAUUCACCUGGACGAUGUGAGAGACUCAUGCUGCUUUGAAUAGUUUUUACAAGGAACUUGCCACACAAUUAGUAGGGAAGCCUCAGCUACUUGUGCUACUCAGCGAUGUUUACAAAAGCAUUACAAACUUUUUGUUUACAGCCCCAUGCUGCCUGGGCUUUGACGAUGUCGCAUUUUGUAAUACUGACCCACAAAUACAGUCGAGUAUAUUUGCCAUGUAGCAGCUACAACAUCAAAAGACGUGAUACCUUACACGACAAUGUCUCUGUUCCAUUUUGUAUGCAUUUUUUACAGUUUUUAUUAUUUAUUUUGGUCGUUAGGACCUCCCAUAACCCAUCGAUCAUAUUCCAGUGCAAGGGAAAGGAAUGCGUUUUCUAGUCCUUUAUGUUGACAGUGCAUGUAGCAUGAAUGUAAGUCUUGUCGAACUCAUUGCAUGUGCAGCUCUGCCUUCCAGUUUCGGAAAAACUGUUCUCUGGCAUUUAAAAGCUCCACAUCUAUCCUCCCAGUUUCAUAAUAGAAGAAAAAGUCGCUUCGAGAAUGUUAAAGUGGAUUUGUUUUAUGUACAUUGUAUAUAUUAUUCAUUCCAUUGUAUACAGCUGUUUUAUAUGCCAUGAUGUCAAUAGAUGGAAUAAAUAAAUAAAUGUGUU